AACAGUGAAUCAAGUCACCGUAAUUCACAUCAGAGCGAUACAGAUUACUUUCCUUAUCCUGCCGAACUCUCUCUCAAUUCUCCCCGCUUCCCCUCGCCUGAAUCUCAUCUUUCUCAAUCCUCACUACUAUCUCUGAACUCGAUUUGGUGAAUUUCGUAAUGCCAGUCACCCUCACGGGUUGCGGGAUCCCCACAAAUCCAACUCGCCUUUUACCAUCUCCACAGUGUUGUGCGGCUGUGAGAUCUCUGGAAGUGACAGAGAUCAGGGUUUGCGUGAACCGUAGCUGCGGGAAGCAAGGUUCGAGGGAGACGCUUGAGGUCCUCUCGAGCAUCGCGCCACAUGGGGUCGCCAUUGCCUCUUGUGGCUGCCUAGGUCGCUGCGGUGCUGGCCCCAACCUCGUCGUUCUCCCGGGUGGUGACAUCAUUAGCCACUGCGGCACGCCGGCGAGGGCGUCUCGGCUGCUUGCUGACAUCUGUGGCGAUGAAUUCGAUCCGUGGAGGAACCUGGAGGUUCUUUCUUUAAGGAAGAAAGGGGAAGUUGAAUUGGAGAAAGGGAAUGCCUCUGAGGCUGUGGCACUCUUGAAUCAGGCUAUCGAGCUCAAUCCUUCAGGAGGUCUGCAGUUCAUCUACAAGGCUAGGUCAGCUGCUAAAUUAGGAAUUGGUGACAAUGAAGGUGCUCUAGAAGAUGCUAAGGAAGCAUGUAAGAUAGCACCUUAUUUUCCUCAGGCGUACAUUUGCCAAGGUGAUUCUUUGCUGGCAAUUGGGGACUUAAAUGCUGCUGAGAAGGCUUAUUCAACUGCUUUGAAUAUUGAUCCAUCUAUUCGCAGGUCCAAAUCAUUCAAGGCGCGAGUUGCAAAACUUCAAGAGAAGCUCCUUGUUGCGAGCACUUAAUCCCGAACUCUCUCACUUGAACGGUUGCUGCUGUCUGCUUCAAAGUUUUCUGACAUGCCUCAAGAUCACACAGAAUUCGGUGCCGAAGUAUCAUAGGCUUUAGAAAACGAUAAAAUAAGAUUUCAUCAUGUUUUUAAUGUAAUUUGAACUCUACAAAAUCCGAGAAGGGCAAUUUAUGUACAUGCCAUAAAAUAUUUUCUAUUUAUAUAUUUAACUCCUAAAGGACGCACCUCAAAAGAAAAAGAAAAUCCCAAGGGGAAAUGGAGGAGCUUGUGAUCUCAAAACUGGUAGGCAGAGGGUUGCAUUAAAAGCCGGUAAUUAUGGUUUUGAUACUCUAUAAUGUUUCUGCAUAUUGGAAGCUCUAACUGGAGUUGACUAAAAAACUACUCUAGUUUUGGGGAGACACAAGGAAGGAUAGCUUAAUGUCACAUUCCCAAAGAGCUCUUACGGCUGGUGGGCAGCCCAGAACUUAAAUAUUGCUUUUCGGCCUUGCACCUAGCCGAUGUGGGACUUUUUGUCCGUGACAUUCUCCUCCUUCCAAUCACGUGACGCCCUCGUCACAGAUGGGCUCCACCGAGGGUCCCAUUGGAUCAUGUCGAGUCCACAGACCUGACAGGCAGUAAUCUGCUUUGAUAUCACUUGUCACAUCCCAAAGAGCUCUUAGGGGUGGUGGGCAGCCCAGGACUUAAAUACUGCUUUUCGGCCCUUUCCUGGCCGAUGUGAGACUUUUUGUCCGUGAUAUUAAGCUCUUGUGAGCCUGGCUCUAUCAUUGUAGAAUGUAUUUGAUUUUUAGGUUUGAUGUGAUGAAGGAGAAUUAUUAUGUGAGGACAAAUUGGAGUACAAUAUUGUAUAUUUGUUGCGAAAUUUAUUUAUAUGUAAUAUACACAACAGUACAUAACUUUGCAGUAAAAAAGGUGUGAAAAAUGAGUACAAAGUCUUA